AUGGAUGCAGCCAGAGUGAAACCUGCUCUUUCCACCAACCCACCGAGCGAAGUUGAUCCGCUAAGCAGUUUGCCAGAUUGCUUGAUAUUCCAGAUAUUCUUAAAUCUUCCGACCAAAGAUGUGGUUCAGACUAGUGCGUUGUCAACCAGAUGGACAACUCUCUGGAAAGACGUACAUGGUCUGGAUUUGGACACCGAGGAUUUCAAUACACACGAAACAUUCGUGAGUUUUGUCGAUAACUUUCUUGAACGCAACCGUGGUUCGUCCAUACAUCUGUUUAAGGUAACGUACGAUUCUUCUUAUAAGCCUGAUCUUGUCAAUCGCUGGGUCGACACUGCUGUUAGGCUUAAAGUUGAACAUCUCGAUAUUUCGGACGAUUUACCUGCUCAGGAUAUCAUGAUGAAUCCAACAGUUUACACUUGUAGUAGCUUGGUGUCCCUAAGGAUCGUGGGAUUGAUCAUACCUAGUCUCGAGCGUGUUUCAUUACCUUCUCUCAAAGAUAUUGUUUUAAUCGUCGUUGAGUAUACCAAUCCAUGGGCAUUAGAGAAGUUAAUCUCACAAUGCCCAGUUCUUGAAAGCGUUAGUAUUGAUAGAAUUUACGGUGAUGGAAUGCCCAUUUUACGUGUGUGUUCCCAGUCUCUAUUGAGCUUCAUGCAUUAUUGGGAUAAGAAUGAUGAUUAUGAGAAAGAUUGUAUAGUUGAAAUUGAUGCUCCCAUGCUUAAGUGUCUGAGGAUCAGUGAUGGUGGAACUGCGAGUUUCAUUAUAAAGAAUCAGCCUUCCCUUGUAGAAGCUGAUAUAGAUACUGUGUUUAGUUUGACAACUGAAAGGUUGCUACAAGUUGCAAAUGAAAUACAAAAGAGAGAUAUGGUUCGUGAUUUUCUCGUUGGGAUCUCUAAGGUGAAAGAUCUGACCAUCGCCUCCUCUACUCUCGAGGUCAUAUAUGAUUACGCAAGAUAUGUACAACUACCGGUAUUUCGUAACCUAUAUACCUUGUGUGUCAGGUUCAACAGCUACAUGUGGGAGAUGUUGCCAGUCUUUCUUGAAGGAACUACUGAAAAUCCCAAGAUGGUGGACCUUACUGUUAUUGCCAGGCCUUGGAAUCUGUUAUCAUCUCUAGAGCAUGUUGGCAUAGAAAGGCCAUUGAAAGGGGAGGCGUUGGAGAUGGCACUAGUGGGUUACUUACUCGAGAACUCACCAAACCUCAAGAAACUAUCAUUAAGUUUGCAUGAUUCCCUAAAGAAAGGAAAAUCUGUCCACAAGCUAACAUUAAGCUUGGAUGAUGCCCCAAAGAAAGAAGAAUCUGACGUCUUCAUAGAACUCCUAAACUUUCCGAGACUCUCUAGCUCAUGCCAAAUUAUUGUACGAUGA